AUGAGGUGCUGCAAUCGCCUUUUCCGCGAAACACAAUCGACGAAGAGAUGCUCGCUAUCGUCGUCCCCUGCUCGCCACCUUCACUGUCGUCGUCGGAAUCCGGCUCGCCGUAGUCGAAGAGAUGUUGCAAUCGACGAGCUUCUUCUUCACGUCGUCACCCCCUGCUCACCGCCUUCACUGUCGCCGUCAGAAUCUGGCUCGCCGUAG